UUUGUUGACACAGUACGAGUUUUCACGUACAGUAACUGAGACACGUGCAAGCCUGCCCUGCUGUGGAUUGUUUGGCAACUAAAACGAGAUCGUUUUAAUCGAAUCGCUGAGAAUAUCGAAUCUACUUUGAAGAAACGAGACGGCGUUAUAAUAUCCCAUUGCAUAUUGUUCAAGAGGUUCAACCAUGCCUUGGUAUGAUGACGAUGAUAAAGAAGGUGAACUCAACCUGGGACAAACUCGUGAAAGUCAGGAUCAUGGUGCCACCGGGCCUCGUGUGGACUGGCGCGAAAGGGACCCUUAUCUUUGCACUUUGGAAAUCAGGCUCCCUCGAGAUGAGGUGCCAAAAGUAAAGUCCCUUUACAGUCCGUUGCUCCAAUGGAUUGAUCCCACAUUUCAGCUGCUUCACAUUGAAGAAAGUAAUAAAAAGUCGUUUAUCACGUGGUUUGAACAAGAUGGCCCAAAAGAGAAAGCGAGUAAGAGUCAUUUGAGUAGGCAUCAUUUGAACACACAGUCAUUAAGCGUUGUGCUGUUUUUGCACGAGGAGUCCAAGUGUCAGCUGAACGCAGAAUUUGCAAAAGGGUACCUUCAGUCGCCCCCUUGGGGCUUUCAUCAUAAAAUUGAACUGGCCAACCCUAAGGACAUGCGCACUGUUGCACGCCAAGAUUAUUACGGGUCGUCUCCAGACCUCCCACUGUGGACUGUCUGUUCGGUGCAUUACGGAAACGAGCAACUUAGGUUUAACAUUUUCGUGAAAAAUUUUGAGAAGAUGAAAGAAUUUUACGGCGUGUUGACGGGAUGUGAAACUAGUGCAAGUAAACCAGGAUUCUGUUCUUUUGACCUGUACUCUCAGCCUGGCCUUGAAAUAAAGCUAUCCUUGAAGUAUUCGCCAUGUUUGCAACCCCAUGCAUCGCAGCUCAGCGCACUUAAUUUCAACAUCCGUAAUGUGCUUUAUAUCAAACAGAAACUUCGACUCACGUUGAUCCCAAACGGGGAUAACACGUGGCUGGCUCGUGAUCCUGACGGUAACGCGAUUAUUUUGUCACGUGACGAGAAUGAUGUUUGUGAGAUGGGUGUCGAAGGACACUCGACAGAAGCUUCGGACAGUGGACAGUGGAGCGAGACAGUCAGUGAAGAUUCAUCGUGUGAAACGUGCAGUGACACGAGCUGCACGAGUUUCUCGUGCGAAAGCGGCUGUGAGAGUGUGUCGACAAGAGAUGAAGAUGAAGAUUCUUUUUUAGUUUAGGCGCCUAGAUUAAAACAGAAGACAUUUAGACUGAGUGUCAUGAACCUAGAACCACAACAAAAGCAACGACUGUGAUGCAUGAUCGAACAUAUGAACAGAACAACUCGCCGCAUUGUCAUUAAAACUCCCAGGAACUGACAAGCGAUGCCAUCAUCGAACAAGUGGCAUGGAAGCCAUUUUCCAAAGAGUCGACGAGAACUCUUUAAAGGGUUCGGUGCACCUAAAUGCUUCAAAGACUAUUUUUUAUCAGAAACUACGACAUUCUUUUCAAUAACAUUUGAUCCAGGGAGGACUUUGCUGUUGAUGUAAUCAGUAAUGGUAUUUGAACUGAUCGAUUAAUGGAGUGCAAUUCAGUAUGAAAUCAUACGCGGGAUUUAGAAUAAAAAGUACAUCAGACCAAAAUCGCUCGACAUGAUGCUCGAUUGCCACUUUAAUACAUUCGUGUUUUAAUAAUAUACGUGAAAAAAAUUCUCAGUUCUGAUUGGUUAAGAUGUAUGCAGUUUUCAGUUAAUUCAGUGCAGAAGAGAGUUA